AUGGCUGAAGAAAGCAGCAACGAAUACACGCCUCUCGACUUAAGCAUGAAGGACAAAGCAACACCAAGUGCAAACCGUGACGGUACCCUGGACGCUUCAUCUACUUUGAGCGCCUACACAGCUAUUUCCGACAAGGCCUUGCGUUUCCAGAGGAACACGCCGCACACGCCUACGACCGACGAUAGCUGCAACGUCGACGGUGUCAUUGACGAGGUCGGAACAUGUUGCCAGCCACUGGAGCACAUCAGGAACAUCGGUAAGGUAAUGCCCAGCACAAGCCGCGCUGGCAUAGAGGAAGCAUCAGCCAAUUCUGAAGACGGCGUUACGAGUGCUCCUGGAACCGGAGGACGGGAACAGCGAGAGCUGUGCGGUGUAUGUGGCAAUGUUUCGAGCAAAUGGGAAGCCUUACAGAGGCACGCCAAGGAACAAGCGGAUGACACAGCCUACAUUUGCAAAGCAUGUGGUCAAGCUUAUGUGAAGAAGUCUAAGUUUGCAGAACAUUGCCACAACCGUAGUGACAAAAAACACAAAUGCGAAACCUGUGGUAAACAGUUCCGCCGGGCAGAUUACCUAACUAAACAUUAACGCACGCACACAGACGAGGGACCCUACAAAUGCAAAAUCUGUGAUAAAUCAUUCCGGCAGCCUAAUCAUCUAGAUAACC